ACUACCCUCACUCAAAUCUUUGAAUUUCUUUCAACAAUGGUGAAACCAAUAUCUCUAUCUCUAACCCAUCAUCUCCAUUUCCUCACAACAACCUCUUCUUCCAGAUUAUUCCAUCCAUUCUCCACUCUCCGUUUCUUCUCCACAACCCCAUACCCACUCCAAUACGAACUCAUCAUCAACCGUCCCAAUCUCCCCAAACCCACUCGAACCUCUAAACCCGAACCAACCCCACCUCAAAACUCCUCCCUCCAAUCCUGGGCCAACGAUAAAUUAACCACUGAACCGGAAUCAAACCGACCCGGUUCGUCAAAAUUUGAACUUGAUAACAAUCUUGAUAAAUCCAAGAGAAAAUACUAUAACAAAAGGAGGAAGAGAAUGUAUGGGUCUGAUUCCGAUGAUGAUCAUCGUCGUAACGAGGAACAAUUGGUGGAGAUGAUACCGGAAGUUGUGGAGUUGAGGACUUUGCAUAAGAGGGAAGAGGAAUUGUAUAUGUAUGAUGCUUUUUGUUAUCCUUGGGAGAAAGAUAAGCAUUAUAAAAUGGUGUAUCAGUUGGAGAAAAAGUAUUUUCCUAAUCAGUGUUUGGAUCAGGCUUUUUUGAAACCUGGUCAAUCUAAUUGUUCAUAUGCAAGUUAUACAAGUUCAAAUGCUAAUUCGAAUGCGAAUACUAGGGUUAGGAACAUGAAAGUUGGUGUUUUUGGGAAGAAUAAAGAGGUUGGUGAUAUUGUUGAUGAUAAUAAGUUGGUGUUUUUUGACGAGAAUGGGAAAGACGAUGAUCGGAGAAAUGCAGGUUCAAACUCGAAUGAAAAUGCGAAUGCUAGGGUUAAGAGCAAGAAAGUUGGUGUUUUUGGUGUUGGGGGGAAGAAAGAUGAGGUUGGUGAUGGUGAUGAUAAGUUGAUGUUUUUUGAGGAGAAUGAGAAAGGGGUGGAAAGAGAAAAGGAAAAGGGGAAGAGGGGUGUGGAUAGUAAAGAUGUUAGUGAGAAGAAGGUAGAGGAGUUUUUUAAGGGUUUGAAUGUGAAGAAGGAGGUUGAAGUUGUUGAGCCAUUUUUUAGUUCGAGGAGGACGGGACUUCCUCCUGUUUGGGAUAGUUCGCAUGGGACUGUGCUUUUGAUUAACAAACCUAAAGGUUGGACUUCAUUCACAGUUUGUGGAAAGCUUCGUCGCCUUGUCAAAGUGAAAAAGGUAGGACAUGCCGGAACUCUCGAUCCAAUGGCUACUGGUUUAUUGAUUGUUUGUGUUGGCAAAUCAACGAAACUUGUGGAUAGAUAUCAAGGGAUGGUUAAGGGUUAUAGUGGGGUUUUCCGCUUAGGGGAGGCUACUUCAACAUGGGAUGCUGAUUCACCAGUCAUUCAGCGUGAGCCAUGGGAGCACAUCAAAGACGAGGACAUAAAGAAAAGUGCCUUGUCCUUUUGUGGAGAGAUUUGGCAAGUUCCACCUAUGUUCUCUGCUAUUAAAGUUGGAGGUGAAAAGUUGUAUGAGAAAGCAAGGAGAGGAGAAAGCAUUGAACUCUCGCCUAGACGAAUUUCAAUUUUCCAAUUUGACAUAGAGCGUAGCUUGGAUGACAGACAAAAUUUGAUUUUUAGAGUGAUUUGUUCUAAAGGGACAUAUAUUCGAUCACUCUGUGCGGAUUUUGGGAAGGCUCUUGGCAGUUGCGCCCACUUAACGGCUCUCCGAAGAGAUUCAAUUGGACAAUAUUCAGCAGAUGAUGCAUGGGACUUUCAGGAGCUGGAAGAGGCUAUCACCAAAACUUAUCUUUAACUUAUCUUCAGGACAUGCAGUUUUCUUUUUCAGUAAACAUGUUUAUGAACCAACUUUUAAGCAUAUUAUGGCCAUUUGUGGAAUUUUUAAUUUUAAGAGUUCAUUUCUGACUUGGUGUGUAAAAUUGAGGGAAAAGAUAUGUAAAAUUCAUUCAUUCAUUAUUUA